GUAGCAUGCUGCAUGUAAACACAGCUACAUACAGCACAUGGUACCCUGCUACAUGUAGCAAUCAACAUGAAAGUCAAAUCAUGAUGAAAUAAAUAAAAGAACUAGACAAUCAAGAAAACUUGUAUGCGGGGUAUUGGUCUAAACACCAUGCAUGCAUUGUUGGUUGUUAGUUGGUUGUCCUUUAGCCAUGAUCUAAGUGUACUGGCAAAGGAGUGAUGUGAUGGGCAGGUUUGUGUGGUGUGAUGCAGGGCUGGGAGUGGCCACUGAUCACAUGGCGAACAGACGUUUGGCUUUCUGCUUUUUGUUGGCAAUAAAAAGCCAACCCAACAGGAUCCUCCACCAAACAAGGAAAAAGGCCCAUCUGGCAACCAAAUGCUUCUCAGGCAAAGUAAUAACAAAACUCAGAAACAACGACUUGCACCCACAGCAGCCCAUCACACCACUCCCCCUAAGCUCUCUCCUUUAGGCCUGAGCGCCAGGCCUUUUAUUAAGACCAAUGAUCAGGUAAUAGGCCACAGAUGUAGUGACUACAAUGCAGCACAGCUGAGGCCAUACCUGUGUGUGGGGCUGGUGCUGCCCCCUGGUGGACAGCAACAAGCCAGCUCCCCACCUGGCAUCAUAAUGGCUAGUGGCAGCGUGGCUAGAACUGUGAGUUGCUAAAAGUGCUUUUCCUUCCUGAAACUACACAGUUCCCACUUUUCCACAGAUCGGGUUGAGCUAAUAUUAGAUUUCUGUAAAAGCAUUUAAGGUGGAGGCUCCCAAUAUAUGAUCAUUGUUGCAACUGAACAUUCUAAUGCUGACGUAACAAUCGCUGCUGGAAAUCAAAAGCAAUGGAGUUCAAGAACACUGACUCAGAACACUGAAGAAACAUUCCAAAAAACGUACCCUUCAAAGGGUUUAUCUGUCAUGGUUCUGUGUUUCUGUCUCUGUAUUUCCUUGUUGGGCCGCCAGAUGGCAUAAAGUCUUUGUUUGAAUUUUCCUUUUGGAGUCUCCCGUGUUUUUUUACUCUGCGCCUGGGUCCAACCCCCCGAAUCCCUGACAUUAUCUUUACAAUGGUAGUGUGGUGAGGUGGGCCUGGCCAUUUAGAAUUUUAUAAACAAGACACAUGUUGGCACUUAUUACAGUGUUUUAGUGAGUUGUAACUUCUUAGGACAUUGCAGUGGUGGUGUCUAUUUGGCUUUCUGUCCACGGUCUUCAGGGUUUAUUUGCACACAGACUCACAGCAUGUCAGUGUGGUUUUGCUUGCUUACACCCAGCUUGUCAGACAAUGAGUCAGAUAAGGUACUUCCUCUUUGUUCAGCCAUUUCUUGUAAAGUAUACUUUGUAAAAAGGCUAGACACCAAUAAGAAGGGCUGCAUAGGGCAUCAGCCAUGGCAAUGGUACUGUGGUGGACCCUGCUGUGGAUAUCAGGAUACUGUCACAUUCUUUCAGCUGAGGUGUUGGUGCAGUACAAAUACUUCCUAUCUGAGCAGAUACGGGGGGUCUCUCUACCAGCCCCUGCUGAGACCAACGGGACAGAAUUCAUCUGGGAGUGGACGUCACAUGAUGGAAGCUACACAAACACUCGGAUAAUAACUAUACAGUCUGAUGGAACGUAUUCAUGGAAUUUGAAGAAGGCGAACAUGUCUAUUUCAAAAGAAAGAACAUAUGACAUUAUUCUCAGACCAGAGUUACAAAAUGCAGGAGUUUUUACUUUUAUUCAAACUAAACCAAAGAAAGUAAAAGUGGCCCAGUUUGAAGUGUUCGCUAUAAAAGUGGAACCGUUGAGCUGGUCCAAAGAAAAUGAAGGUUGUGAUAUGAUCAGGAGCUGUGAAGUAUCUCACCUUCCAGAUUCAGCUACACUGGACUGGGAAAGGGACAGAGAACCUACUGCUAACACAACGCUGAUCUACAACAACACUGCCCACAUCAUCAUCCACAGUGCUGACCAAUACAAUGAGGGAUCAUAUUACUGCACACUCAGAUGGAACGGAGCACUUAUUUUCAGCAUUCCCAGUACAUUUGAAGUCAACAAGGGUACACGUGGCACAGAGCACACUCUGUACAGAGGGAGUUUGAACAGCAGUGAGGUGGUGCUAAUCUGCCGUUCUACAGCCUCAUACAGAACAGCAUAUUGGCAAUGGGAACCAUCGUCUGGGACAAAUGCAAUCCGUGUGGUCUCAGCUGAUAAAUAUGAGAAUGCUUCGAUUUCCAUGAAGGUAGAUGAAGAGAGAUUCUCAUCUGAGGGCUUUGAUGGGCCUAAUUUUCCUCUGAGAAUCUCACCGGUGAAGUUUGGAGACAGUGGAAGGUACUUCUGUUCCUCUGAACACUCCCUGAUGGCCACAGUCACUCUGGUAACUGUUCAGGUCUCAGCAGUGCCCCCUGGUGGUCUGUCCAGGAAUAAGGCAGUUGUGCUGAACUGUGAGGUAUCACAGGUGAUCGGCUCUGUGACCCUGGCCUGGCUCCGGAUGAAGGGGGGCAGGGGGGAGAUCAUAAAACAGGAGGUCCUGAGUGAGGGGCACCCAGAAAAGAUGCUCAGUCUCACCCUGCCCAUUCUGAGCAGAGACCAGCUGCACUGGGCCUGUGCAGUGUUCACAGGGAGCAUGCUCAGAGCACAGGUCCCCCUCACACUGCCAAAGCCAGAUAAUCGCAGGGUGCUGGUGAUCGGUUUGGCCUGUACUGCUGCUAUGUGUGUUGGAGUGCUGUUGCUGUUAGGAGGUCUGUUGUUUCGGCAUCUGAAAACAACAGCAGGUCCCUCCUCAUCACCAGCUGAAGGGAACGGUGCAGCUGAUGCAGUCUACAGUAACAUCACAGAUCUGCAGCAGGGUCAAGCAGUGGAUGAGAAUGGUGAUUCCAGUGCAGCUGGUGCAGUCUAUAGUAAGGUACAGAAAGUCGCCGGGCUACAGAAAGAUCAACUGGCUUAACUGAACUAUUGAUACGCUGCAUGAACCGGUGAACUAAUUCACGGGAAAGCUUGCAUUAUGGGCCAGUUUCUAAUCCUAGACUAAAUUCAAAACUCCACUUGGUCCAGGAAUAAGCUCAAUCUGUGUUAGUGAAACCAGCCCUGUGCGUUCCAUGUGCCAAAUGUGUGUGGGAAAUUAAUUACACUGAACAACUGGAAUUGGGACCAUUUUGGUGCAUCAGACUGCACCUCCUGUACUUCCAAGGAUGCACACUUAAGUAAUACCUGAAACUAUUAGUAAAAGUAUGUGUUUUUCUUAUCAAAACAAAAGUGCAUACCAGGGAUUGCACCUUUGCCUUCUCUUAAAAGGAGGCUGAGUUGCAGGUAUGCCAGGAGUUCCACAGCCCGGACCAUAUUAAUCAGACCUGGGUCAAAUUCAUAUUUGUUUUGGAUUCAAAUAGAAGGUGACCAGAAGGUGGGGUUUGCACUUUCUGAGAGUAUUUAAUUGGUUGCAAUACACCAGACAAGAUCAGUAAAGUGUAUAAAAGUAUUUGAAUCUAAAACAAAUAGGUUUUUGACCCAGGUCUGAAAUACAUUAAGGUUUAAUUCUGGCUCAAAAUCAUUUGGUAAAUAUGAACUGAUAUGAGAUUGUUAGAGGGUGGGUUUGAGGUUAUGGCCACAUCAGUUAAGCCUCAUACACACCAGCAGUUAUAGUUUAAAAACGGAAGUAUACGAAGCCUCAUACACACGUACACACGAGCAUUAAAACCAGUUUAGAAAACCAUUUCGGCUCCUUUAAACAAUAAGAGUAAAGGGAGGAAGUGGGCAAACUGUGGGGAAAAAGAUUCAGUAAAAAUAGAUCACUUGGUCAUUCGACAUGUAAUUUCUAAACCAGAGGUUUAUUUGCUACCAUGUCCACAAGAGGGCGAUAUGCACCAAAAAAAGACACACUUUUACUGUUAAGCAGAGGUGGAAAAAAUCUGGGUUUAGAAAGGAAAAGUCCUCCCUGGUAUUUUGUUCCAAUCACCUGGAUUUUCUAAUUAGCUCAAUCCUCCAGCCAGGAGGUAGAACUAAUUUGCGAAAUCAGCCCGCUGAGUUGAUGGGUGGAAUAAAAACACAACAAAACUUUUACUUUCUGAGCCCUGGACUUCCCACCUCUGCAGUUAAGACACUCUGUACAAGCACAAGCGAGCCCUGGAGUCAGAUUCAAGCAGGCGCCAGAUAUAUAUGGAUUAUACAUUUCAUACAUACAUAUAUGUUUAUAUAUAUAUAACAUUU